ACAACUUUGUCGAAUUAUUAAAUCGACUUAUGAAGAUUAUAUGAAGCUGCCAAGAAUUUGCUCCUCUUUGUUUUUAAACCCCGUGACAUCACUCUCUUCCUAGCGCCACUUACGUUGCCAUACCCAAUUCGAUAUAUAUUUCUUGAUUUAUCUUUCACUACGUGUCAACUGCUGUUCUUCUAACCUUCGAUUAAUAAAGAUUUUUGGUAUAUUUCAAUAAGAACUGUAACUUGUCUCUGCAAAGACCUCUACAUUUGACCCUAGAGUUCAUUACUUUCAUUAUGGAUUUCAUCAAUAAGAUCACGGGUAGCAAGGACGAAAAGGAUGAGAACACCCCAGAGGAUGGGCAGCAGAAGUCCAACACCGGUAUCAUGGACAAACUCAACUCCAUGGCUGGUGGUGGUAAAGAAAGCGAAAAGAGUGAAGACGCCCUCGAUAAAGGAAUUGAUUGGGUACAAGAGCACGUACUAGGUCAAGGAGAUCAGAGUAGCGAGAGUGCUGUUGAGCAAGCCAAGGAUGAGCAGAUCUCCGACUAUAUUCGUGACCAGUACAAGAAGACAACGGGCUCAGACAUCCCAGUCAAGGACAAGGAACGCUUUUGAACGCCUUGUACAUUGUGAGCCCCAGGCACAGAGCUAUGCGUAGCACUAGCAUGUAUUCGAGAUUUAUGCAAGGGUAAAGAGGUCGGAUUAAGAAGGCUACACGGAGUACUAAGUGUGUAUGAUGAAUUUAUUAUAACUCUAGUUUAUUCCUACUGAGCGGAUCUCACACAAUAAAUCAGGAUAUAGUGGUAGAGAAGUUAUAGAACAUCCA